CACACUCACAUAGCUAGAGAGAGAGAGAGAGAGAGGACAGAAAACAGCUCGAUAGAGAGGAUGGAGGUGGCCAUGGCGGUGAAGGUGCUGCUGAGCCUGUGCUUCGUGGCGGCGUGCAGCCUCGCGAUGUAUCUCUACCACGUCGUCUGGGUGGCGCCGCAGAGGGUCCUCGCCGAGUUCAGGAGGCAGGGCAUUGGCGGGCCCCGGCCGUCGUUCCCCUACGGCAACCUCGCCGACAUGCGGGAGGCGGUGGCCGCCGCGAAGGCGGCGCGUGCGCCGAGCGCCGGCGCCGGCGGCAGCGGCAUCGCGCACGACUACCGGCCAGCCGUGCUGCCCUUCUACGAGAAAUGGAGGAAAGAGUACGGUUCAAUAUUCACUUACUCCAUGGGGAACGUCGUGUUCCUUCACGUGAGCCGGCCAGACGUGGUCCGGGACAUCAACCUCUGCGUGUCGCUGGACCUCGGCAAGAGCUCCUACCUCAAAGCGACGCACGAGCCACUCUUCGGCAGGGGCAUCCUCAAGUCCAACGGCGAGGCGUGGCUGCACCAGAGGAAGAUCAUCGCCCCUGAGUUCUUCCUGGACAAGGUCAAGGGUAUGGUGGAUCUGAUGGUGGAUUCUACACAAACGCUGCUUAAGUCGUGGGAAGAGAGGAUUGACAAAAAUGGUGGGAUCACAGACAUUAAGAUCGAUGAUGACAUCAGGGCCUACUCUGCAGAUGUGAUCUCUCGAACAUGCUUUGGAAGCAGCUACAUCAAAGGAAAGAAAAUCUUUUUGAAGAUCAGAGAACUACAGCAGGCUGUGUCCAAGCCAAAUGUGCUAGCUGAAAUGACUGGCCUAAGGUUAGGAGCAUACCACAAGUACAUGUUGUUUUGUGCAGGAGCAAAAUUUAGGAUUUUUGUCUAUCCAAACUCCAAAAACAGCACAUUCACCCAAAACGACCUACCUGUAAGUGAAAUUUUAAAUGCUUGCAGGUUCUUUCCCACAAUUAGAAACAAACAGGCAUGGGAGCUUCACAAACAAGUCCACAAGCUAAUUCUAGAAAUUGUCAAGGAAAGUGGAGAAGAAAGGAACUUACUACGUGCAAUUCUUCACAGUGCAAGUAGCAACAAGGUGGACCUCGCCGAGGCAGAGAACUUCAUAGUGGAUAACUGCAAGAGCAUAUAUUUUGCAGGAUAUGAAAGCACAGCUGUCACAGCUGCCUGGUGUCUAAUGCUCCUUGGGCUACACCCAGAGUGGCAGGAUCGGGUCCGAGAAGAGGUGCAUGAAGUCUGCAGCGGCCGGCCAAUGAACUCCCGGUCUCUUCAGAAAAUGAAAAAUUUGACAAUGGUAAUCCAGGAAACCUUGCGGUUGUACCCAGCAGGGGCCUUUGUAUCAAGGCAGGCUCUCCAGGAACUGAAGCUCGGUGGAGUACAUAUACCAAAAGGUGUCAACAUCUACAUCCCUGUCUCCACAAUGCACCUCGACUCCAAGUUAUGGGGCCCCGAUGUGAAAGAGUUCAACCCAGAGCGCUUCUCUGAUGCUCGACCCCAGCUACAUUCAUACUUGCCAUUUGGUGCCGGGGCUAGGACCUGCCUAGGGCAGGGAUUUGCUAUGGCUGAGCUCAAGAUCCUGAUCGCUCUCAUCAUCUCCAAGUUUGCUUUGAAGCUCUCACCACACUACGAGCAUUCUCCAACACUAAAACUCAUUGUGGAGCCAGAGUUUGGUGUGGACCUCACCAUAACAAAAAUACAGAGUGCCUCUAGGGACUAAGAGGGGCAUUGUGACUUGGGCACAAUAAUGUGUCUUAGUGAUCAUACUAGGUGAUGGAAAGAAAAUUGUAAUAUGAUGAAUGCAGCUUGGGAUGGGGUGAUUGUACAGAGACAGCUUAUACUAUUCAGGCUUGAUCUUUCUCAUGGGGAUGUUCAUAAUUCAGCUAAAAUAUGAUGAUAGA